ACCAUCCGCAUCAACUCGGCGUCCUUCCAGCUGCUCAGCGUGCUCGGCGAAGGGUCCUACUCCGUCGUCUACCUUGUCCAGUGCAGCUCCGGGGCCGCCAGAGGCCGCUACGCCCUCAAGAAGAUCCGCACGAUCUCCACGCUGUCCACGCAGAGAGCGCUGAAGGAGGUGGCGUACUACGGGCAGUUCCGGUCGCCGUACCUCAUCCGGGCGCUGGACUCGUCGUCGAUCCAGGAGCCGGACGGCUCCCGGUCCAUCUACAUCCUGCUGCCCUACUACGCGGGCGGCUCGCUGCAGGACCUCGUCAACUCCACCAUCUUCGACCCGGGCCUGCGUCUUGCCGAACACGACGUGCUCCGUCUCUUCGUCGCCGUCUGCCGCGGCGUGCUCACCCUCCACCGCUACCACGCCCCACACGCCCCACACGCCCCGGACGACGACGGCGCCGCCGCCGCCGCCGGCACCACCCAGCUUGCCGAAGCCGUCCCCUACGCCCACUACGACCUCAAGCCCGACAACAUCUUCGUCGCCCGGGACGGCACCCCCGUCAUCGGCGACCUCGGCUCCUGCUCGCCCGCCCGCAUCCACAUCACCUCCCGGGCCCAGGCCGUGUCCUUCCAGGAGCUGGUGGCCGAGAACUCCACGCCCGAGUUCCGGGCCCCAGAGCUCUUCGACGUCCGGCCCAACGACUCCUUCGACGAGCGGGUCGACGUCUGGUCCCUCGGCUGCCUCCUCUACACCAUGCUCUUCGGCGUCAACCCCUUCGUCCGUGAGGUCCGCCGCUCCGGCGCCAACCUCAAGCUCGCCGUCCAGGCCGGCCGCUGGUCGUUCCCGGACCAGGACCCUGACGACCCGGACACUCCUGCCUACUCCGACCUCACCACUGCCCUUGUCCAACAGGCCCUCACCGUGGACAAGGAGGCCCGUCCCUCCACAGACACCGUCUUG